AUGUUGGAUAUUAACCAAUUCAUCGAAGAUAAGGGCGGUAACCCAGAACUAAUCAGGCAAUCUCAAAAAGCUAGAAAUGCCAGUGUUGAAAUUGUCGAUGAAAUUAUUUCUGACUACAAAGACUGGGUUAAAACAAGAUUUGAACUUGACGAAUUAAACAAGAAGUUUAACAAGCUACAAAAGGAUAUUGGUUUGAAGUUUAAGAACAAAGAAGAUGCUUCAGAAUUAUUGGCUGAAAAGGAUAAAUUAACUCAACACAAAAAGGAAUUAACCGAAAGGGAGCAAGAAGAAGAUAAAGGCUUGAAGAAAAAAGUCAUUCAAGUCGGCAAUAUUGUUCACCCAUCUGUUGUUGUUUCCAAUGAUGAAGAGAACAACGAAUUGGUUCGCACUUGGAAACCAGAAGACUUGGAAGCAGUUGGCCCCAUUGCUUCGGUAACUGGUAAACCAGCUAGUUUGUCUCACCACGAAAUCUUGCUUAGAUUGGAUGGAUAUGACCCAGAUCGUGGUGUAAAGAUCUCUGGUCACAGAGGUUAUUUCUUUAGAAAUUAUGGUGUCUUCUUAAACCAAGCUUUGAUCAACUAUGGUCUACAUUUUUUAGCUGCUAAGGGUUACAUUCCAUUGCAAGCUCCAGUUAUGAUGAACAAAGAGGUUAUGGCAAAGACUGCUCAAUUAUCUCAAUUUGACGAGGAAUUAUACAAAGUUAUCGAUGGUGAAGACGAAAAAUACUUGAUUGCUACUUCAGAACAACCUAUUUCUGCUUACCAUAGUGGUGAAUGGUUUGAAAAGCCACAAGAGCAACUACCAAUUCAUUAUGUUGGUUACUCUUCUUGUUUCCGUAGAGAGGCAGGUUCUCACGGAAAGGAUGCUUGGGGUGUUUUCAGAGUUCAUGCUUUUGAGAAAAUUGAACAAUUCGUUUUAACUGAACCUGAAAAAUCUUGGGAAGAGUUUGAGAAGAUGAUCUCUUACUCUGAAGAGUUUUACAAAUCUUUAAAAUUACCAUACCGUAUCGUAGGUAUUGUCUCCGGGGAAUUAAACAAUGCUGCCGCUAAAAAAUACGAUUUAGAGGCCUGGUUCCCAUACCAAAAGGAGUAUAAAGAAUUAGUGUCUUGUUCCAACUGUACUGAUUAUCAAUCAAGAAAUUUGGAAAUUAGAUGCGGUAUAAAGAAAAUGGGUGAUAGAGAAAAGAAGUACGUGCAUUGUUUGAAUUCUACUCUAGCCGCUACUCAAAGGGCUUUAUGCUGUAUUUUGGAGAACUAUCAAACUGAGGAUGGUUUGGUUGUACCAGAAGUCUUGAGAAAGUACAUUCCAGGUGAACCAGAGUUUUUACCGUUUGUCAAUGAGUUACCAAAGAAUUCGACCUCUAAUAAAGACAAGAAAAAGAAGAAUUAA